UGACGAUGAGCACGCCGUUAAAAACUGCGUUUCUUCGAACGCUCGGCCUCUUGUUAUGGACUUUAUUUAGUGCAUGGUUGUUUGUGAAAGUAGAACACACGGAAAAAGAUAAUAAGGAAGAAAAAUAUCACUUGUUACUCUCGCUGUUCGAAUCUUUGGCAUCAAAAUACAACAUGAGCCUCGAGGAGUUCAAUAAGAUUUCUACAGUUGCAUAUGAAGCAUUAAGCGAGCCUAAACCUCAGUGGACCUACCACGUUGCAGUUACGUUCGUGAUUCAAGCUGUGACCACCAUAGGAUAUGGAUUCAUCACUCCUCAGACAUCCACGGGGCAGAUGUUGUGUAUCUUUGUAUGCUUACUCGGGGUCCCCAUUACUUUGCUCGCAUUGAAAUCCAUCGGCGAACUCAUUGCCAAAUGGGUCCACACAAUCGUCUGGAAGUUUGAAAAGGAAAUACUUAAAAGACCAGAACCAAAACAGAUGCAAACGAAGAGCGCAGUGAUCUUGUUCUCAUUUAUGGUGCUUUUGAUAGUGGUGAGUGCCUUAUGCAUUAGGGAUUCAAACUGGUCUUUCGUUGAAGGCGUCUACUUCUGGUUUGUAACAUUUACUACAAUCGGGUUUGGUGACUACAUUCUCUGGAAACCCACAAGGAUCAAAAAGUUAUCUUUGAAUAGGUCUAAAACUCACAAUAAUAAGUCAUCUGACGCACUGCAGAGGCAGACCACUUUCUCAAUAUUCAAAGAUCUACUCAAAGCGUUUUAUUAUAUUGUGGCGUUGUGCAUUGUGUCAAGUGUGCUAAACGCAAUUGCGGCGCUAAUGGAAGAGCGAAGAUUCCAUACCACAUGCCCUUGUUGUAUUCCACGAAAGAAAAAGAAAACAGAUCCAAAAGACCCCGACGAAGAAGAAAGGCAGACAAGUAUUCCUGAUGAACGCGAUUUUAAUGUGGAAUAUUCUGACGAAAAGCAAGUUAAUUUCAAUAUGAGGGAUGCAAACAUCCCAGUGGAAUUAGCUGACAUUUAGCAUUAGAACUGGGUUUAGGACGACAAGACACAUCCUAAACUAAUAAUUUGCGCACAGAUAGAAUUAAAAAUUUUUUUUUCUCAAAAUGGAUUUCUCGAGUGGAAUGUAUUUCGGUUUCAUAGUAUUUGCCACUAGA